AAUAAAAUAAUUAGUGACAUUUAAUAUUAUGCUUUUGACUUUAACAUCGACACUUUUAUUUCUAGUAUCAGGAGAGUGCAAACAAAACUCGUUAUGUCGUCUAAAGACUUAUAGUGUUCCAUGUAACCCAUCAACAUCUUGUUCCCACGUUGAGGUACUCAUCAGUGUCAAUGAAAUUGAAAAUGGUGAGUCUGACUUUAAUGUUACAUUGGUGGCAUAUAAUAUGGAUCCAAGUAAAAGUCAUGGAAUCAUGUUAACAUUUGCUGGACAGAAAAAGACUUUAAAGUUCAGUUGUCUUAAAUUGGAUUUAGGUUCAACUCAAUCUAGUGUAUACAAUAAUAAAAACCGGCUCAUGACUGGAUCAUCCAUCUACAUGAAUGGAAACUUGAUUUGUACUUGGAUUGCUCAGCCUUUCACAUAUAAACAGUCACCUUACGCUAUUGAACUCUUGGAUCUGGUGUACAAUGCCAAUUAUAGUUUAGAGUUACAAUUGGAUGAAAAUGUUUCAAUAAUCGCUCAAGAUGCAAGUGAACUACCCUGGUAUCAACUAGGUUUCACCAAGUGCGGUGGUUACCAGAUUUAUGGCGAUAAUGAGUAUCAACUUAUAAUAAAGAAAAAGAUGAAUUUCGUACAAUUCUGGAUCAAUACAUUUGACAAAACACCGAAAUUUCUCAGAGUCUCAUUGUCGCAUGAAAGUUUAUUUCUGAACAUUUUGUGCAAUUAUACUUUUCCUAUUGCGGCUGGUUACAGUUUGAGUUUCGAUGGAACCAUAGGAUCUUUCACAGAUGAUCGGCCAAAUUUCAAUAAAAUUGUUGGCAAUUUAUGUUCGGUUGACCUACCAGAUACAUUUGAGUGUAAAAAGGGUUUAUGCUCAAUUUGGGAUUUGACUUUUGAUCUUGAUCUUAGUGACGAUGAGAAACUCAUUUACAGUUUGCAUAAUCUCAAAUUAAAUGAAUCUCUUUCUGGGUCCAGAUCUUCUUGUAAUGAUAUUGCCUUUUUAUCGUCAUUUAUUAUUGCUAGUGCAUUAAUGAUCUUCGGAUUAAUAUUUUAUAUCUAUUCUAACCUUGCAAAAAAUGGGUUUCCUAUGAUACAUAAUGUAACUUGUGGCUCAUAACACAUCGAGGCUUAAAUUGCCAGAUAAGAUGAAAAGAUUUGUUUCAAUUGCAAUCGAGUCGAUAAGCCAUGUUAUCUUGUCAAUUGAACCAGUUUCAGCUUUAUUUACACCUCUCAAGUUGUAAUUACAGUUUGAACAAUCGAAACUGAAAAAUUAUCAUAAUGUCACAAUUGGAUAAUCAUAUGAUAACUGAACAAUUGAUUGGAUGAGUUAUUGAAUCUGGAGUUACAAUGUUACCAAGAUGACCAUCAAGAUACUGGUUGUGUUGAAUCAGCAAGUCAACCAGAAAUGAUACCAAUUAUAGUUAUAAGUUUGUUUUUUGUGAACUUCAUCGAGUCAACGAAUGGUUACGAUCCUUGCUCAAGUAAAGUAUACAAGUUGUCUUAUGGUUCGACUGACAAUCUUUUGGUUGAAGCUCAAAUCAGUGUGAUUCAACAUGAAGAGAUUUUUAAAAGCCAUUUAAAUAUAACAUUGAUUGGACACAAUGUUUUGGAAAACGAAUUCAGGAAAAUUAGCCUGAAAUUUCAAAAGAAGGAUCCAUUUUUUACAUUCACUUGUAGCAAAUCAAAAACUGACAUAACCAAAGCAACCAUAUGGAACAAUGAUCUCUAUCAAACCAAAGGUUCAUCGGUUUAUUUACCUAAAAAAUUAAACUGUUGGUGGAUAGUUGAUACUAAAACCAGUAGGUUUCCAAAUGAUAAUUUUGAAUCACCAUCAAUACCAUUAUCACAAUUGGAAAUAACCACAAUUUCUGAUACAGAAUGUGGAUGGAAAUUACUUCAAAGCAUCACUUUUUCAAAAAAAUCUUAUGAAAUCGGAAAAAUAGAAGGUGAAUUGUCGAUAAUUGCAGAUGGUUCAAUCGUUUAUCGAGAAAAUCACAUCAAACUAGCAGAUUUUAAUACAAAAAAAUCAGUUAACCUGAUGAUUAUUAUAUUACCAAUAGGAAUAAUACUCAUUCUAAUAAUAAUGCUAGUACUUUUUGUGCUCUGCUUUCUGUGAAGAAAGCUUUUUCUGCAUCGUAUUUUCUUGAAUUUUCAAGCGUAAGAUAAUUUUCCUUUUCUUCAAUCUGGCAGAUUUUGUAUCAAAGUUCCGAUGAAUUAAAAGUAACAUAAUGUAAUUAAAAGUGCUAUUUUGUUUAUAAACCUUCGUAGUUACCCACGUAUAAUUACUCUCAUGUACCUUAACUAGUUUACCCAAAUAUUGUUCAUUAAACAAUGCUAUUGAAUGAUAUGAUAAAUCUUUGUAUUAAUAUUUGGGUUCCAUCAUUCACAUAAUUUCUGGUUCCUUAUUACAAGGAAAUUUUACCUCUUAAGGGUACAUCUGGUUGAUCUUUAAUGAUAAUCAAUUUACCAACCACCAUCGACAAUCUCUAUUUUUCUCCCUAAUUGUUUAGAUCAAGUACAAUUACUGCAAAUAUUGAUAUGAAGAUGUGUGAUUUACUUGUUGCCAGCUUCUAGUCGUUAUAAUUUUCUGUUCAAUCAACAGUGUAAUAAUUAGUCUAAUAAUUUAAUUAGUGAAAAUUUAAUAUGUUUUUGACUUUAGUGACACUUUUGUUUCUAGUAUCGGGACAGUGCUCGUUAUGUCAUCUAAAGACUUAUAAUGUUCCAUGUAAUCCAGAAAAAUAUUGUUCCCACAUUGAAGUGUUCAUCAGUGCCAAUGGAAUUGAAAAUAGCGAGUGUCUCUUAAACGUUACCUUAAUAGCUUAUAAUAUGCAUUCAAGUCUUCCGCGUUCAGUUGGAUUCUCAUUUAACAGACAAAACAAAAUCUUGGAUCACAUUUGUACCAAAUUUAAAUUUGGUGGUACUUCAGCUAAAAUAUAUACAGGUUCUGAAGCAUACAAGACGGGAUCAUCCAUCUACAUGAAUGGAAACUUGAUUUGUACUUGGAUUGCUCAGCCUUUCGCAGUAAACCAGUCACCUUACGACAUUGAAAGCCUGGACUUAGUGUACAAUACUAAUUAUAGCUUAGUGUUAAGAUUGGAUAGAGUUGAUUUAAUUGUAGCUAAAGAUUCAAGUGAACUACCCUGGCAUCAACUAGGAUAUUUUGAGUGUGGUGGGUACAAGAUUUAUGGCAAUAAUGAGUAUCGACUUCGAAUAAAGAAAGAAACGAAAGAAGUUCAACUUUGGCAGAGACCAUCGAACGAACCUUCAAAUAUUGUUGAAGUGUUUUUAACCCACCGGAGCAAAACUAGUUUGGUAAUUUUGUGUAAUUACUUUGAGCGAGUUUCUUACGCUUUCAUUGAGAAUUCAGACAAAACCAGAUUUCUCAUUAGGUAUUACAAAUUUGAUGAUACAUGUUCAAUGGUCCUACCAGAUACAUUCAAGUGUGAAGAUGGUUUAUGUUCCGUUUUAAAUUCAAAUUUUGAUCUUCAAAUCAAAAGCGACAAUAAAUUAAUCUAUUCAUUUCAUAAUCUAAACUUCAAUGGAUCAAAUUCUGGUUCAACAUCUUUAGUCGCUGGUUCAACCAUUAUGUUAUCACUUAUAUCUCUUAUGACUUUGCUUCAGAAAAAUGAAUUUUAACAAGCUUUUGAGUGCAAACAAAUGAUUUGUUUAUUGGAUCGCACUCAAGCUAUGAUUAAACCAUCGUAUCAUCUUAAUUGAACCAGCUUUAGAUUAACUCCUCUAAACUGAAAGAUUAUCAAAAUACCAUUGUUACGAUUAAAUAUUCAUAUGAUGUUAAACAAUUGUUUGCUGUUGGAUACAGAAUUGCAAUCUUUUGAAACUUCUAACAGGAUAUUGAUAGUUUAUCUGUGAAGGUUGGAAAGAUGAUUAGACUAAUUACAUUGUUUUUGAUUAAAAUAUUGUUUUAGAUCAGUUUAAGUUACCCAGAAAUGAUGCCAAUUAUAGUUAUAAGUCUAUUUCUUGUGAACUUCAUCGAGUCAACGAAUGGUUACGAUCCUUGCUCAAGUAAAGUAUACAAGUUGUCGUAUGGCUCGACUGACAAUCUUUUGGUUGAAGCUCAAAUCAGUGUGAUUGAACAUGAUAACAUUUGGGAUCAUCACCUGAAUGUGACAUUGAUUGGACACAAUGUUCCGGAAAGAGCAAUCAGGAGGAUUGGACUAGCAUUUACAAAGGGAGACCAAUACUUUACAUACUUUUGCACCAAAUUGCAAACUGGUUUAACUGAAGCCUCCACAUUGCAAAAUGGUUUAACAGAAAUUAAAGGUUCCUCGAUUUAUUUACCUAAUAAAUUAGUCUGUUGGUGGAUAACUGAUUCUGCAAAAAGUUGGCCUUCUAUUAACGGCAGAGAAAUGGAUUUAAUCAAUGAUUGUGAUUACCGAAUCAUCUU